GGCCCGACCUCUCCGCCCCGCUCCCCCGCCGGCUCCCCCUGCAACGCGAGGUCUAUGAAACCGGCGGGGCCCGGAGCAGCCGCCGCAGCGCGAACAUGGACGCCGUCAACGCCUUCAACCAGGAGCUCUUUUCACUCAUGGAUAUGAAGCCUCCCAUUUCUCGGGCUAAGAUGAUUCUCAUUACUAAAGCUGCCAUCAAAGCCAUUAAGCUUUACAAGCAUGUAGUCCAGAUUGUAGAAAAGUUCAUCAAGAAGUGUAAACCAGAAUAUAAGGUUCCAGGACUGUAUGUAAUUGAUUCAAUUGUGCGGCAGUCUCGUCAUCAGUUUGGAACAGACAAGGAUGUUUUUGGGCCAAGAUUCUCUAAAAAUAUAACAGCCACAUUCCAGUAUUUAUAUCUCUGUCCAUCUGAAGAUAAGAGUAAAAUAGUUCGUGUUCUGAACCUUUGGCAAAAAAAUGGAGUGUUCAAAAUUGAAAUUAUUCAGCCUCUUUUGGACAUGGCAGCAGGAGCUACUAGUGCUGCCUCGGUGCCAGAAAAUGUUACUAAUAAUGAAGGUUCACCUCCACCCCCAAUAAAAGUUUCUUCUGAAACUCCACAAGUCACUACAAACUCAGUACCAACUAUGCCACAGUUGCCAAGCUCAGAUGCUUUCGCAGCAGUGGCCCAGUUAUUUCAGACAACCCAAGGACAACAGCUUCAGCAAAUUCUUCAAACUUUCCAACAACCUUCAAAACCCCAGUCUCCAGCCAUUGAUAAUUCUGUGAUGGCUCAGGUUCAAGCUAUAACAGCUCAGUUGAAGACUACAACGACACAACCACCUGAACAAAAAGCUUCCUUUCCCCAACCUGAGCAAAAAACUACAUUUGAUAAGAAGUUAUUAGAUAGAUUUGAUUAUGAUGAUGAGCCAGAAGCUGCUGAAGAAUCAAAGAAAGAAGAUUCUUCUGUUUCUCCUUCUCUUCCUCAGCCUCCAUUUGGAUUUCCAGGAGAUGGCAUGCAGCAGUCAGCAUAUUCACAGCUUCCAAAUAUAGAUCCCUUUCAGCAGAGAAUGUUGGGAGUACAACAGGAUACAAUACACCAUCAGGUCCCACUCCCUCCUAAUGGACAAAUGCCAGGGUUUGGACUACUUCCUACACCUCCUUUUCCUCCUAUGGCUCAGCCUGUGAUUCCUCCAGCACCACCCGUGCAACAACCUUACCAAACUUCGUUCCAGGCACAAAAUGAACCACAUAUGCAGAAAGUACAUCAACAGGAAAUGGAAGUGGAGCAGCCUUGUGUUCAAGAAACUAAGCGGCAUGUCUCUGAAAACAGAAAGUCAAGAUCUAGGUCAGCAUCAAGGUCACCCAAAAGAAGGAGAUCAAGGUCUGGUUCUAGAUCUCGAAGGUCCCGUCAUAGACGUUCUCGUUCACGGUCCCGAGAGAGGCGCCGGCAUUCUCCUCGAUCCCGAUCCCAAGAGAGACGAGAACGAGAGAGAGAAAGAGAGCGCAGGCAAAAGGGGCUUCCUCAGAUUAAACCAGAAACUGCUAGUGUUUGUAGUACUACACUCUGGGUGGGACAGCUAGACAAAAGAACUACUCAGCAGGAUGUUGCCAGUCUGUUAGAAGAGUUCGGCCCAAUUGAAUCAAUUAAUAUGAUACCUCCUAGGGGUUGUGCCUAUAUUGUAAUGGUCCAUAGACAAGAUGCUUACCGUGCCCUUCAAAAACUGAGCCGUGGCAACUACAAAGUCAACCAGAAAUCUAUAAAGAUUGCCUGGGCCUUAAAUAAAGGAAUAAAAGCCGAUUAUAAACAAUAUUGGGAUGUGGAACUCGGUGUAACUUAUAUACCAUGGGACAAAGUCAAACCUGAAGACCUUGAAAGUUUUUGUGAAGGAGGAAUGCUGGACAAUGAAACACUUAAUCCCGAUUGGAAAGGAAUUCCUAAGAAAUCUGACAAUGAAGUUGCUCAAAAUGGAGGUGCAGAAACUACACAUGCUGAACCAGUAUCACCAAUACCUAAGGCUUUACCUGUUCCUGUUCCUCCAAUUCCUGUUCCUGCACCAAUAACAGUACCGCCUCCCCAGGUACCACCACACCAACCAGGUCCUCCAGUAGUUGGUACACUCCAGCCACCUACUUUCACACCACCUUUAGGAAUACCCCCACCUGGUUUUGGUCAUGGAGUUCCUCCCCCUCCUCCUCCACCAUUUUUACGCCCAGGAUUCAACCCAAUGCAUUUACCACCAGGUUUUCUUCCUCCUGGACCCCCACCUCCUAUAACACCACCAGUGUCUAUUCCUCCUCCCCACACUCCACCAAUAACCAUCCCAAAUUCUACUAUCGCUGGUAUAAAUGAAGACACUACAAAAGACUUAUCUAUUGGAAAUCCCAUUCCAACAGUGGUGUCUGGGGCUAGAGGAAAUGCCGAAUCUGGUGACAGUGCGAAAAUGUAUGGGUCUGCUGUUCCACCUGCUGCGCCUCCUGUUACCCAGCCUGUUUCACUUCUUGGCACUCAAGGAGUUGCGCCUGGUCCUGUAAUUGGGUUACAAGCACCAUCUACUGGUCUCCUGGGUGCUAGGCCUGGCUUAAUACCCUUGCAGCGUCCUCCAGGAAUGCCUCCACCUCAUUUACAACGAUUCCCUUUGAUGCCACCUCGUCCUAUGCCACCUCAUAUGAUGCACAGAGGACCACCUCCAGGCCCAGGAGGCUUUGGAAUGCCACCACCUCAUGGAAUGAAAGGCCCCUUUCCACCCCAUGGCCCUUUUGUUAGGCCUGGUGGAAUGCCAGGACUUGGAGGACCAGGACCAGGCCCUGGUGGAGCUGAAGACCGAGAUGGAAGGCAACAGCAACCACAACAGCAACCACAACAGCAGCAACAAUUUAGAAAUGAAAAUAGGCAGCAGUUCAAUUCAGGUAGAGACCAAGAAAGAUUUGGGAGGAGGUCUUUUGGAAAUCGGGUAGAAAAUGAUCGGGAACGCUAUGGUAACCGUAUUGAUGACAGAGAUAAUAGUAACCGUGAAAGGAGAGAGUGGGGAAGAAGAACCCCUGAACGAGACAGGCACAGAGACUUGGAAGAGAGGAGACGAUCCAGUGGACAUCGAGAUAGGGAUUCUAGAGAGAGAGAUUCUCGUAGAGAUAAGGAAGAAAAUCGAGGGAAAGAAAAACCUGAGGUGACAGAUAGGUCAGGUGGCGAUAAAACCAUUGAACCUUCUAGUAGCCAAGUGGGAAACGCAGACACUAUUUCAGAACUUGAUAAAGGGGAGUCAACAGUUAUAAAUCCUACUGAAGAGUUACCAUCAGAGGCUACUUCAUCUGUUGAUGAACCUGAAAAGGAUUCUGCCUCGGGAGUAGAGGCUUCUCGCUAGAGACUGGAAUUUGUCAAAAUGUGACAGUGACAUUGAAGCAUAGAGCUUGAGGUGUACAGACAGAUGCUGUAUUAUAUUUGCUUCUGCUAUAUCACAGCCCCUCAGUAGUUGGUGGGGAAUUACAAGCAAUUUGAUUGCUUCCCUUCUAUUUAAAAUAGCCACAAAAUGACAAAAAUAUGAAUAAAAUAUUACCCUUUUGCUGUAACUUUUUAAAAGUUUUGACUUUAAAAAGUUUACAAAUCGUGAUUAGAAGUGCUUUCUAUUUUUUUUUUUUAAU